AUAUUAAAGUUUGUUAGAAAUUUUGUUAUAUGUGACCAAGAAAGCCUCAUCUCUUGUUGAACCUCAUCCUCAAACUCAAAGAAAAAAAACUACCACUCUCCUCCCCAUGAGUUCCAUAGGCCAAAGCAUUCUGAUGGCCCUCGCCGUCACUCUCAACAAAUUUGCUUCUUCCAACGUUCAAUCCGUUCAAAGAAACAAAGCCACCGCCACCGUUUCUUCACCAAUUGGAAGAAGAGACCUCCUCUUGUCCACUGUCGCCCCCGCCGCCGCCGCCGCCGCCGCGGUCGACUCCAGAACUGAGCUGCUAAAAAGGUACCUCAAGAAGUCUGAAGAAAACAAAGAAAAGAAUGACAAGGAGAGAUUGGAAAGUUACUACAAGCGAAACUACAAAGAUUAUUUUGAGUUUGUUGAAGGAUCAGUGAAGAAUAAGAACGAACUUUCGGAAGCUGAAAAAGGUAUUGUCGAGUGGCUUAAACGAAAUAAAUAAAAGAGUAUACUUUUUCAUUUUUAGUUACCAUAAAUAUAACAACAGUCUUAGUUCAUGUCUCUAAUUUUAUUAAUUAAUAAUUGCUUGACUGUAAAAUCUUAGUGUGAAAAAUAACAAAGUAUUGUGCAAUUUUAUUUUU